GAGGCUAUAAAUUGCACCCGAAGCUGGCCUUCUUCCAGGCACUGCACUCCUGGCUCUUUCAUACAGCAUCAGGCAAGCUCUGAAGCUCGGUGCAAGAAGAAACAUCCGGAGACGCAGCUUGUCUCGAGGGUGACGUGACGAAUCAAGAGGGUAAGAUGGCAUCGACAUUGUCAUUCCCGAUCAUCGACAUGGGUCUGCUCCGCGGGGAGGAGCGGCCGGCGGCGAUGAACCUUCUGCACGAUGCAUGCCAGAACUGGGGCUUCUUCCAGGUUCUGGACCACGGCAUCUCGACGGAGCUGAUGGACGAGGUGGAGAAGAUGACCAAGGAGCACUACAAGAGGGUGCGCGAGCAGAGGUUCCUCGAGUUCGCCAGCAAGACGCUGCAGGACGGCGACAAGGCGGCGGAGAACCUGGACUGGGAGAGCACCUUCUUCGUGCGCCACCUCCCGGAGCCCAACAUCGCCGAGAUACCCGACCUCGACGACGAGUACCGGCGGGUGAUGAAGCAGUUCGCGGCGGAGCUGGAGAGGCUGGCGGAGCGGCUGCUGGACCUGCUCUGCGAGAACCUCGGCCUCGAGAAAGGGUACCUCACGCGGGCGUUCCGGGGCUCCAAGGGCGUCCCCACCUUCGGCACCAAGGUCAGCAGCUACCCGCCGUGCCCGCGCCCCGACCUCGUCAAGGGCCUCCGCGCCCACACCGACGCCGGCGGCAUCAUCCUGCUCUUCCAGGACGACCGCGUCGGCGGCCUCCAGCUGCUCAAGGACGGCGAGUGGGUGGAUGUGCCGCCCACGCGCCACUCCAUCGUCGUCAACCUGGGCGACCAGCUGGAGGUGAUCACCAACGGCAGGUACAAGAGCGUGCUCCACCGCGUGGUCGCGCAGGCCGACGGCAACCGGAUGUCCAUCGCCUCCUUCUACAACCCGGCCAGCGACGCGGUGAUCUUCCCGGCGCCGGCGCUGGCGGAGGCGGCCGGCGGGGCGUACCCCAGGUUCGUGUUCGAGGACUACAUGAAGCUGUACGUGCGCCACAAGUUCGAGGACAAGGAGCCGAGGUUCGAAGCCUUCAAGUCCAUGGGGAGCCAGACCUCCAACCCCAUCGCUACUGCAUAGAGUUCUGAAUAAAGCUUCAAAACUGUGUCGAGUCACGCAGAUGAGUUGCUGGUUGCCGUGGGGUGGGUCAUGUGUUUGUCACGAGUACUCUUUCUUUUUUCGCGUGUGUUUGGUAGCUAUUUUAUGCUUCGUUUUAUGAUGUAUCAUAUUGUUUCUGGUAAGCGACUAAUGCUCACAGACUUAACGAAGUCUCGGUUGAAUGA